CCCGGUGCGGCCCCGCCCCGUGACGCCGGUUGCCAUAGCGGCCGCGCCGCCGGCCAUGGCGGCCGAGGAGGAGGACGACGUGGAGUGGGUGGUGGACACCAUCGCCGGCUUCCUGCGGGGGCCCGCCUGGUCCAUCCCCAUCCUGGAGUUCAUGGAGCACAACUGCGAGGUUUUUGAUGAUGAAGAGGAAAGCAAGUUGUCUUACACAGAAAUUUAUCAGGAGUACCAAGCUCUGGUGGAGAGAUUACUAGAGGACUACCUUAAAGAAGUUGGAAUUAAUGAGGAGAAAUUUCAAGAGGCUUUUUCUUCUCCUCUUGCAAAGACCCACACCUCCCAGGCCAUCCUGCAAACAGUGUUGGCAGCAGAAGAUUUUAGACUAUUUAAAAAAAUGAUGGUACAGAAAAAUAUUGAAAUGCAACUGCAAGCAAUUCGAAUCAUCAAAGAGAGAAAUGGUAUAUUGCCUGAGUGUUUGACAGAGGGUUCUGAUGUAUUCACUGAAAUUGAACAGGAAGAAAUGAAAAUACUCAGGGAGGUUCUAAGAAAAUCUAAGGAAGAGUAUGAAAUAGAGCAAGAGAGAAAGAGGACUGAAGAAGCACGUGCUAAACUCAAAGCUCCAGAUGUCAGCCACAGUUCUCCAGGAGAUUCGAGAGAGGCUGGUGAAGUUAAGGAAUCCACUGAGGGAGCUGAGCAUUCUGAAGAAACUCCCAAAUGCCCAUUAGAGGGAUCUCAUAAAUCUACAAAAGAAGACCCCAAACCAGUUUGCCCAGUACAAAAAGGAGCUGAAAACUUACCCCAGCCCUCUUGCACCAAGGGGAAAGAAGACACUAAGAAAAGGUCUGCUGGGAAAGGUUCAGAGAACACAGUGCAAAAAGCUGGGGUGAAAGGACCUAGUUUAUCAGAAGCUGAAAAGCAGCAGCUGAAGCAACGUGAGGAUUACCUAAAGAAAAAACGAGACCUGCUGCUGGCUACAAAGAAAGAGUCAAAAAAUAAUGCACCAGCACCAAACACUGAGCAGAAAGAGGAGGAGUCCCCUCCCAAAGAGGAAGUGUCAGAAGAGAAGCAGAGGCUGCUGCAGAAGAGGAAGAUGCUUGCAGAAAAGCUGAAAGAAGAAGUCAUUAACAAGCGGUAGUUUGAAGAGGCUCACUGCUGACCCCAAGAACAGAGGGAUGUUUUAGAGUAAGUUCUCAGUAAGUGCAGGGAUUUCCAACCUUGCCCUGGGCUUUAGAGAACUUCCAGCCAAGCAGCUCAGUUCCUGCUAACUCCCUAUUGCAAAUGCCACUGAACACUCCAUGGACACUGGUUUUGCAGAGUGCUGGAAAUUCCCUGGCUCUGUCCCACUGCAGGGCACAGUCCUGCUCCAGCCCUGAGCCUGCAGAGCAGAGGAGCCAUGGAGAGCUGGGAAGGGAAUCCCUGUGGCAACAGCUCCCAGCCCAGCACUUGAACUUCUUCGUUGGAACAGUGCACAACUUGGUUCCUUUCAUUAGCCCAUUGCAAACACAUGGCUCUUUUCCAGCUGUGCAGUGCAAUAAAGUCUGGUUUCACAAGGAAGUGCACCCUCAACCACCUCAUUUGUGAAAAGCCAAUGUACCUUGGGAGUGAAGACAUUCACAAAUUAACUCCAGGUGACAGUGCCCAGGUCCCAGUUUGCAAUAAAUGCAGCUUUAAAUAACAGGAGUUGCUUUAGUGCAAAGCUGAGGCUGUUCCCAGCAAUUCACUGCCACAGCAGCAGAAAGCAGUUCAAGUCCUUUGCUGGUUUGGCUGUGACCAAUUUGAGGAGAAAGAGGUUGCCCUGUGCCCAGGGCAUCACCUCACUGCCACAGCAACUCCCAGGAAAAGACACAAACCCACCCAUUCGAGUUCCAUGGAAUUUUUAUUAAAAUAGCAUUUAUAACUGGUA